UACAGUCAGACGGAGCCAGGCUAGCCGCGGUGUGUUCUCAUUUGACUAGGUUUCGUUUUCUCUUGAUGCUUACAGUAUCUCCUUUCUGUCCUCCAGGUUUUCAGAGGCGGAAACCAUUCCACCAGAGGUGCGACAUCUCGACAGCCUACCUGGAUUGUGAUAACUGAAUGCAAAUGAAGAAGACAAGUACAGCUUCUGCGUUCGCCUUUGGUGCAAAGGCUUCUCCCUCCCCUGCCGCUGCUGAACCUGAAAUAGAUUCAGUUGAAGAUGGAGACCCAUCAACGUUGCCUCCUACUGCAAGCCAAAGUGGUGAGAAUAAACCAAAUAUAUUUGGAGCAUCCUGGCCCAGUUUUCAGGAAUCUCCGUGGCGACAGAUGGAUUGGUCUGAGGAGACCAAUGCAGCUCUGAUGGAGUCCAUCCGCUCAUAUAAGCCGGCCUGUGACUCAGUACCUGCUGCCAGAGUUCUGCUUAUCGGUCCGGUCGGAGCGGGCAAGUCCAGUUUCAUCAGCUCUGUCCAGUCUAUGUUCUAUGGACGGGUCGUGAACAGGGCCAUGAUGGGCUCGUCCUCCAGCUCAUCCACGAUGGGCUCGUCCACCAGCUUCACCAAAAAGCUGCAGUCAUAUCAGCUGUACAGCAGCAGAGAGAGAGUGGAUGAGAGUAUGUCCCUGGUCCUGUCUGACAUGGUGGGACUCGGGGAGACCAACGGACUCACGCUUCACGACACACUGGCCGUCAUCAAGGGGCACGUUCCAGAGGGACACAUGUUCAAUGCCUGCUGUCCUGUUGUGUCGGACACUCCAGGCUAUGUGAAGGAGCCCUCCCUUGCAGAGAAGGUCCACUGUGUGGUCUUUGUGGUCAGCGGCCUGGAGAUCUCCUCCUACUCGGACACCAUGAAGUCCACCUUCCACCAGCUCAGAGAGCUCAUCAGCGCCCUGGGUGUACACCAGGUGGCGCUGUUGACUCAUGUGGAUAAAGUCUGUCCCAAGACAGCCAGUGACAUCUCCCAAGUGUACAAGAUUUCAUCUUUGAAGCAAGUGAUGGUGCAGGCUGGAGCUCUCCUCAACAUGCCCCUCUCCUCCAUCGUGCCGGUGAAGAACUACUGCGAUGAGCUGGAACUGGAGCCACACACAGACACGCUGCUGCUCAGAGCGCUCGACCACAUCCUGCAGUACGUGGACCUGCACCUCAGAGACCAGCCAGCGACAGGCCAGAAGGCAGACAGGGCAGGACACACACGAGAUACACGAGAGAGUAGACAGCCUCCCCUUUAAAUUAUAAGGGUCUAUCUGGCAUUUUUGUCAAAUUUGAGUUAUUGACAUAUUCUUAUUCUGUGACAACUUAAGAAGGUGAGGUGAGGUGUUUUUGUUGUAUGCAUUUUAGGACAUUAUAUCUAAAGACAGACUUUGAAGCUCAAUAUCUCAGAACGUAGAUAGAGCUCUAAAAUUCCAAGGGGACGACAGGGCAGGACACACACCUUCUUACGAUUCAGAAGAGAAUUGAAAGAUGGUGGCAAGUUUAAGGGCCUGUGGCUAAAAAACACUCUCAGAAUAUUCUCUAACAUAUUUCUCAGAAUAUAGUUUAAAAAGGAAAUAAAUCUGAUUAUGCUACAGCUUUUACAUGUUUUCUGUAAUACCGCAGGUUUUCUGUUUUUUCUUGUGACUAUUUUUGGGCUUUUUAUUUGCACUGUUGUCUGCUUUUUGUCAGAGCAGUAGCCAAAAGCAUUCAACAUCCGGGAAAGAAAUCACUAUGGGGGAAAAGGUUUGUUGUUUUCAUUUGUAUUUGUUGUGUUUGAAGAAGCCACCUAUUAAUAGGAUGCAGCUUAGCAGCUACUCUUUAUAUUUUAAAAAUAAAAUGGCAAACAAAUCAGA